AUGGAUGGGACAGGAGACCAGCGCGCUGCCCUCUUCUCGCGCGCCCUUCGCGGCGUUGAGCACACUAAUAUCAACGACUUGCCAAGUAGCAGCAGUAGUUCUGCCAUUGGUGGAUUUCUCGUAUGUCUAGACGUGCCGGCGGCCACGGAAUUUGGUGUGGACUACGAGGUUUUCCGCACAGGCCCAGAGUUCCAGGGUGUCAAGUUCCUCCCACUAGGAAUCCACUUCGUCCUCUACCGCUCUCGAGAUCAAGAGCACGGCAUUCGUCAAGGAUUUUUCGUCAACGUAGAGCGUAAUGCGCAAGUGAUUGUGCGCGAGUGGAGCCUGGAGAAGGAGGAACUGGGGCUGCCUCGAUUAGGACUCAACGUAGAGAACCUUGAGCGCGCUGUGCUGUCGUUCCAGCUGGACAGCGGACUGGGGUCGUACCCGAAGCAGCAUUUAAAGACCUGGCAUCGCCUUUCCAGCUACAUUUCUGCCUCGGUGCUGCAGCGUUGCGGCGUGGAGUUUGGAGCCAUUCUUCUCCCAGGCGACGCUGUUGACGAUGCAGCAACCUUGUUUAAGACGCAGGACGGCGUCACCCCAUACUUUCCUGACCUACCUCGAACAGUUGGAUUUACUGCACUGCAGAGGACACGGACAGAUUUGUUGGCGGAGGCAAGGACAGGUUACCAUUUCGAUCGAAGGUGGAGACUGGUCGAGUUGAUUGAGACAGAGUUUGGAGGCGACUGGAAGGAACUCAUGGGCGAGCUGCAGCUGUCGUUUCUGGUUUUCCUGCAGCUGUCGUCUCUUGCAGCACUAGAACAAUGGAAGCAGUUUAUCGCACUGAUGUGUUCGUGUGAGCGAGCACUCUCUUCGCAUGUGCCACUUUUUAUGGCCUUCAUCAAGCUCUUCAGAACACAAUUGGAGCAGGUUCACUUUUUCCAAGACGAAACAACCAGCGAGAACUUCCUGAGGCCAUGUUUAUUGUCGCUACUGGAGUUGAUCGAGGACGAUGACUCUCCACCACAGCUUCUCGUCAGUCGCUUCCAUUGGGACACGAACGCUGCAUUGGAAGUGGAUGAGUUUGCACCCGUUUUAGUGCUGGAAAAGGAGGUAAGGCGCUGGCCCCUGCGAUAUUCGAUAUCGUAUCUUUGA